GCCAGUAUGUUGUGUACAGGUAUGGUAAUGUUAUCAUGUAUCUUACCAGCCAGUAUGUUGUGUACAGGUAUGGUAAUGUUAUCAUGUAUCUUACCAACCAGUAUGUUGUGUACAGGUAUGGUAAUGUUAUCAUGUAUCUAUACAGCCAGUAUGUUGUGUACAGGUAUGGUAAUGUUAUCAUGUAUCUAUACAGCCAGUAUGUUGUGUACAGGUAUGGUAAUGUUGUCAUGUAUCUUACCAGCCAGUAUGUUGUGUACAGGUAUGGUAAUGUUAUCAUGUAUCUUACCAGCCAGUAUGUUGUGUACAGGUAUGGUAAUGUUAUCAUGUAUCUUACCAGCCAGUAUGUUGUGUACAGGUAUGGUAAUGUUAUCAUGUAUAUAUACAGCCAGUAUGUUGUGUACAGGUAUGGUAAUGUUGUCAUGUAUCUUACCAGCCAGUAUGUUGUGUACAGGUAUGGUAAUGUUAUCAUGUAUCUUACCAGCCAGUAUGUUGUGUACAGGUAUGGUAAUGUUGUCAUGUAUCUUACCAGCCAGUAUGUUGUGUACAGGUAUGGUAAUGUUAUCAUGUAUAUAUACAGCCAGUAUGUUGUGUACAGGUAUGGUAAUGUUAUCAUGUAUAUAUACAGCCAGUAUGUUGUGUACAGGUAUGGUAAUGUUGUCAUGUAUCUUACCAGCCAGUAUGUUGUGUACAGGUAUGGUAAUGUUAUCAUGUAUAUAUACAGCCAGUAUGUUGUGUACAGGUAUGGUAAUGUUGUCAUGUAUCUUACCAGCCAGUAUGUUGUGUACAGGUAUGGUAAUGUUAUCAUGUAUAUAUACAGCCAGUAUGUUGUGUACAGGUAUGGUAAUGUUAUCAUGUAUAUAUACAGCCAGUAUGUUGUGUACAGGUAUAGUAAUGUUAUCAUGUAUCUUACCAACCAGUAUGUUGUGUACAGGUAUGGUAAUGUUAUCAUGUAUAUAUACAGCCAGUAUGUUGUGUACAGGUAUGGUAAUGGUAUCAUGUAUCUUACCAACCAGUAUGUUGUGUACAGGUAUGGUAAUGUUAUCAUAUACAGCCAGUAUAUUGUGUACAGGUAUGAUAAUGUUAUCAUGUAUCUUACCAGCCAGUGUGUUGUGUACAGGUAUGGUAAUGUUAUCAUGUAUCUUACCAGCCAGUAUGUUGUGUACAGGUAUGGUAAUGUUAUCAUGUAUCUUACCAGCCAGUAUGUUGUGUACAGGUAUGGUAAUGUUAUCAUGUAUCUUACCAGCCAGUAUGUUGUGUACAGGUAUGGUAAUGUUAUCAUGUAUCUAUACAGCCAGUGUGUUGUGUACAGGUAUGGUAAUGUUAUCAUGUAUCUUACCAGCCAGUAUGUUGUGUACAGGUAUGGUAAUGUUAUCAUGUAUCUUACCAGCCAGUAUGUUGUGUACAGGUAUGGUAAUGUUAUCAUGUAUCUUACCAGCCAGUAUGUUGUGUACAGGUAUGGUAAUGUUAUCAUGUAUCUAUACAGCCAGUGUGUUGUGUACAGGUAUGGUAAUGUUAUCAUGUAUCUUACCAGCCAGUAUGUUGUGUACAGGUAUGGUAAUGUUAUCAUGUAUCUUACCAGCCAGUAUGUUGUGUACAGGUAUGGUAAUGUUAUCAUGUAUAUAUACAGCCAGUAUGUUGUGUACAGGUAUGGUAAUGUUGUCAUGUAUCUUACCAGCCAGUAUGUUGUGUACAGGUAUGGUAAUGUUAUCAUGUAUAUAUACAGCCAGUAUGUUGUGUACAGGUAUGGUAAUGUUGUCAUGUAUCUUACCAGCCAGUAUGUUGUGUACAGGUAUGGUAAUGUUAUCAUGUAUAUAUACAGCCAGUAUGUUGUGUACAGGUAUGGUAAUGUUAUCAUGUAUAUAUACAGCCAGUAUGUUGUGUACAGGUAUGGUAAUGUUGUCAUGUAUCUUACCAGCCAGUAUGUUGUGUACAGGUAUGGUAAUGUUAUCAUGUAUCUUACCAGCCAGUAUGUUGUGUACAGGUAUGGUAAUGUUAUCAUGUAUCUUACCAACCAGUAUGUUGUGUACAGGUAUGGUAAUGUUAUCAUGUAUCUAUACAGCCAGUAUGUUGUGUACAGGUAUAGUAAUGUUAUCAUGUAUCUUACCAGCCAGUAUGUUGUGUACAGGUAUGGUAAUGGUAUCAUGUAUCUUACCAACCAGUAUGUUGUGUACAGGUAUGGUAAUGUUAUCAUAUACAGCCAGUAUGUUGUGUACAGGUAUGGUAAUGUUAUCAUGUAUAUAUACAGCCAGUAUGUUGUGUACAGGUAUGGUAAUGUUAUCAUGUAUCUAUACAGCCAGUGUGUUGUGUACAGGUAUGGUAAUGUUAUCAUGUAUCUUACCAGCCAGUAUGUUGUGUACAGGUAUGGUAAUGUUAUCAUGUAUCUUACCAGCCAGUAUGUUGUGUACAGGUAUGGUAAUGUUAUCAUGUAUCUUACCAGCCAGUAUGUUGUGUACAGGUAUGGUAAUGUUAUCAUGUAUCUAUACAGCCAGUGUGUUGUGUACAGGUAUAGUAAUGUUAUCAUGUAUCUUACCAGCCAGUAUGUUGUGUACAGGUAUGGUAAUGUUAUCAUGUAUCUUACCAGCCAGUAUGUUGUGUACAGGUAUGGUAAUGUUAUCAUGUAUCUUACCAGCCAGUAUGUUGUGUACAGGUAUGGUAAUGUUAUCAUGUAUCUUACCAGCCAGUAUGUUGUGUACAGGUAUGGUAAUGUUAUCAUGUAUCUAUACAGCCAGUGUGUUGUGUACAGGUAUGGUAAUGUUAUCAUGUAUCUUACCAGCCAGUAUGUUGUGUACAGGUAUGGUAAUGUUAUCAUGUAUCUUACCAGCCAGUAUGUUGUGUACAGGUAUGGUAAUGUUAUCAUGUAUCUUACCAGCCAGUAUGUUGUGUACAGGUAUGGUAAUGUUAUCAUGUAUCUUACCAGCCAGUAUGUUGUGUACAGGUAUGGUAAUGUUAUCAUGUAUCUAUACAGCCAGUGUGUUGUGUACAGGUAUGGUAAUGUUAUCAUGUAUCUUACCAGCCAGUAUGUUGUGUACAGGUAUGGUAAUGUUAUCAUGUAUCUAUACAGCCAGUAUGUUGUGUACAGGUAUGGUAAUGUUAUCAUGUAUCUUACCAGCCAGUAUGUUGUGUACAGGUAUGGUAAUGUUAUCAUGUAUCUUACCAGCCAGUAUGUUGUGUACAGGUAUGGUAAUGUUAUCAUGUAUCUUACCAGCCAGUAUGUUGUGUACAGGUAUGGUAAUGUUAUCAUGUAUCUAUACAGCCAGUAUGUUGUGUACAGGUAUGGUAAUGUUAUCAUGUAUCUUACCAGCCAGUAUGUUGUGUACAGGUAUGGUAAUGUUAUCAUGUAUCUUACCAGCCAGUAUGUUGUGUACAGGUAUGGUAAUGUUAUCAUGUAUCUUACCAGCCAGUAUGUUGUGUACAGGUAUGGUAAUGUUAUCAUGUAUCUUACCAGCCAGUAUGUUGUGUACAGGUAUGGUAAUGUUGUCAUGUAUCUUACCAGCCAGUAUGUUGUGUUCAGGUAUGGUAAUGUUAUUUUGUAUCUAUACAGCCAGUAUGUUGUGUACAGGUAUGGUAAUGUUAUCAUGUAUCUUACCAGCCAGUAUGUUGUGUACAGGUAUGGUAAUGUUGUCAUGUAUCUUACCAGCCAGUAUGUUGUGUACAGGUAUGGUAAUGUUAUCAUGUAUCUUACCAGCCAGUAUGUUGUGUACAGGUAUGGUAAUGUUGUCAUGUAUCUAUACAGCCAGUAUGUUGUGUACAGGUAUGGUAAUGUUAUCAUGUAUCUUACCAGCCAGUAUGUUGUGUACAGGUAUGGUAAUGUUGUCAUGUAUCUUACCAACCAGUAUGUUGUGUACAGGUAUGGUAAUGUUAUCAUGUAUAUAUACAGCCAGUAUGUUGUGUACAGGUAUGGUAAUGUUAUCAUGUAUCUUACCAGCCAGUAUGUUGUGUACAGGUAUGGUAAUGUUAUCAUGUAUAUAUACAGCCAGUAUGUUGUGUACAGGUAUGGUAAUGUUAUCAUGUAUCUUACCAGCCAGUAUGUUGUGUACAGGUAUGGUAAUGUUAUCAUGUAUCUUACCAGCCAGUAUGUUGUGUACAGGUAUGGUAAUAUUGUCAUGUAUCUUACCAGCCAGUAUGUUGUGUACAGGUAUGGUAAUGUUAUCAUGUAUCUAUACAGCCAGUAUGUUGUGUACAGGUAUGGUAAUGUUAUCAUGUAUCUAUACAGCCAGUAUGUUGUGUACAGGUAUGGUAAUGUUAUCAUGUAUAUAUACAGCCAGUAUGUUGUGUACAGGUAUGGUAAUGUUGUCAUGUAUCUUACCAGCCAGUAUGUUGUGUACAGGUAUGGUAAUGUUAUCAUGUAUAUAUACAGCCAGUAUGUUGUGUACAGGUAUGGUAAUGUUGUCAUGUAUCUUACCAGCCAGUAUGUUGUGUACAGGUAUGGUAAUGUUAUCAUGUAUCUUACCAGCCAGUAUGUUGUGUACAGGUAUGGUAAUGUUAUCAUGUAUCUUACCAGCCAGUAUGUUGUGUACAGGUAUGGUAAUGUUAUCAUGUAUCUUACCAGCCAGUAUGUUGUGUACAGGUAUGGUAAUGUUGUCAUGUAUCUUACCAGCCAGUAUGUUGUGUACAGGUAUGGUAAUGUUAUCAUGUAUAUAUACAGCCAGUAUGUUGUGUACAGGUAUGGUAAUGUUGUCAUGUAUCUUACCAGCCAGUAUGUUGUGUACAGGUAUGGUAAUGUUAUCAUGUAUCUUACCAGCCAGUAUGUUGUGUACAGGUAUGAUAAUGUUGUCAUGUAUCUUACCAGCCAGUAUGUUGUGUACAGGUGUAGCGAUGUUGAUGUCCUGUAG